GUCACAGUCAGCAUCGACAAAUCCGGCCUAAUCGCAUUUCCAUCUCCGCCAUCUCCAUAUUCAUCAAAUCAAGGGGUAAAGUGAUCAUGAUCUUCAACUUGAGAAUCAAAUAUUCGAGAUAGAACGCAGGACAUAUUGCAAAAACACACUAGCUAUUGUUCGCAAACGCCUUUAGCUCUUUGAUAGACUUGUUUGAAGCUCAUGGUACGAGAACCGAGAAGAGAAAAAAAAAAAGAUGAACUUAGCAAUUAUUGAACACGGUGAUGAGAAAUCUUCGUAUGUGUGUCCCUAAAAGGAAAAGCGGAAUUCAGAUCCUCAGGACACCUCUUGAAGUUGAAUCAUUUAAAUUCGACAUGACGAGCGAUCAAUUUGUUGGCUAUGUCGGCUUGCAGCCGUUGGUACUCAAUAAGAAAGACACUUAUCUUCAAAGUUACACUUUUGCUCCUCGUCCGUUAGACGAAGAUGAAGUAGAAAUAUCUGUUUCAGCUUGUGGCAUCUGUGGUUCAGAUAUUCAUCAGCUGACCAAUGGUUGGAAACGAGCUGUGUAUCCACUGAUUCCAGGUCACGAAUUCAUUGGCAAAAUCACUGCGGUUGGGUCGGCCGUAAAAACGCACAAAGUCGGCGACCGUGUCGGUGUGAGUCCCGUUUGUCGUAGUUGCGGUAGCUGUAGGGAAUGUCAGGACGAAUUCGGUCAACUGUGCCCUGACAAGGUGACAACGUACAACGGCAAGUACAAGGGCUAUUCUACCUUUGGGGGUUAUGCAGACCGAGUCCGCGUGCAAGAGAGCUGGGCUAUCAAAAUCCCGGAAAAUAUCGGCGAUGAGGAGGGUGCUCCGCUGUUAUGCGCUGGUAUUACUACAUACCUGCCUUUCAAGCAUUAUCAAAUUGGAAAGGAUGCCACUGUAGGCAUUGUAGGUAUUGGAGGCUUGGGCCACUUGGCGAUUCAAUGGGCGAAAGCGAAGCAAUGCAGACGCAUCGUUGCAAUUUCUUCAUCGUCGUCAAAGGCUCAGGAAACUGCUCAGUUGGGCGCUACAGAUUUCGUCGUAUUGAAAGAAGGAAUUCCAGCCGAGUUGAAUCAAAGCAUUGAUUAUCUGUUUGUGUGCGGCAGUGGCAAGUCGACCGACUGGGGUGCCUUGCUUGGUCUGAUCAGGACACGCGGUAAAAUGAUUUUGCUUGAUGUGCCGGAGCAACCUGUUGCACUCCCUCCGGCCGCGUUUCUCUAUCGCCAUAUCAGCAUUGUAGGUAGUUUUGUCGGCAGCAAUGGCGAUUUACAGGAAAUGCUCGAUUUUGCCAGUCAAACCGGUGUGCGUCCUUGGAUCCAGAAAGUGGGCAAUUCCUUAAACGAGGUGAACCGUGGAGUGGAAAUGCUAAUGACCGGUCAAGCCCACUAUCGUAUUGUUAUCUGCGGCGAAGGAAGACAAUAAGGAUCAUAUUUACAGAAGAAAGUCAGACAAGAAGGACGGCUAGAGUCCAACUGUUAUUUAUUUUUUUCAGAGACAUAUAGGGAGAAGAGGAUGAUGUUAUUAGAGAGAAUAAAUUUUUUUCUCAUCAGUGAAGAGAAUGGAAUAAGACGUUUGGUGUG